AUGAAAGUAAUUUCAAUCAAGAAGUUUAUUCUAUUUGCUUUAGCUACAGUGGUCCUUCUAACAUCAAAUAGUAUGUGCCUAGAUGAACAGAUGAAGUCCAGUCUGCAGAGCAGAGAAGAUGAUGAUGAUAACUAUUAUGAGAUUAAAGAUGAUAUCUUGGAAGAAAAGCAGAGGAGUCUCAAUUUUGAAGAAAUGAAGGACUGGGGAUCAAAAAAUAUCAUUAAAAUGAACCCUCCUACAGUAAACAAGAUGCCAAAUUCAGUUGCUAAUUUACCUCUUAGGUUUGGAAGAAAUUAUCCAGAAGAAAGAAGCAUUAAACCAAUUGCUAAUUUGCCUCUGAGAUUUGGGAGGGCUUUUGGAGAGAACAUACCUAGGCAUGCUCCAAAGGUAUCACACAGGCUUGGGAGAUCUCCACGUGUUAAAAGUUCCAGUCAAUCACUUCUAAAUUUGCCACAGAGAUUUGGGAAGUCACUGUCUGUCAAUCUGUCUCAAGACAUUCAGGAAUCUGAACCAGGUAAUACUACACAAGUGUUCAAGCCAUAUAUUAAAAUGCAUAUUAAAUCAUAG